AUGACGGCAAAGGAAGGUCCCCGUCCGCCCUAUCAGCUCUUCUUCUUCAACCUCGUCGCAGUCGCCUACUUCGGGCCAAGGCUGUAUACCUAUCUGCAGCUUCGACCAUCCUUCUCAUUGACCCUGCAUUGCAUUACAACAGCAUGUCUGCUCAGCACAGUUGCCUUCAUAGUCAUCGACACUUCCUUCGACAUCAUGCGUCUACUCUACAAACUGCUCGGAUUCCUGCUACGGCGCAUGCUGGACUAUCAUCUCGAGGACACUCUCGCAACUCAAUGGAGAUUUCCUGCUUCAGAGCAAGCGAGAUAUUGGAUCAAGCUGUUGCUAGAAGUCGUCAUAGGUGUAAGCGCAACGAUCUACAUCAUAAAAAUCAAAGCAGGUGGUUGGGAAGCUGCAAAACGAAACAUUGCAGCAAGAUACAAUGAAAAGACGAAACCGGACUUGGGUACUGCAGAGCGAGGAGGUGUGCCCAAGGAAGCUAAUCACGAGCCUGUGCUUAUGUGGGCUGGCUGGGCUUUCUUGUACUCUGAUGCUUUGUUCGAGUCUAGCGAUUGGUUUGUGACAGUACUCGGUGGUAAGAGUGUGGAAGAGUCCUCAAGAGGAAAGUGGAGGUUCGUGUGUAUGCUUGCUUCAAUGGUGGUUGCAGGUGCGGUAGCCCUUGCUAGACGGAGAUGGAUCACGAAGGCUAGAAGACUACCCGUGGAGAAGGAACACGUUGUUGAGGGAAGAAGCAAGUGUGUCAGAGAAGCAAUAAGUCUGGACAUGAGAUAG